AUGUCACUAAGACGCUCGGGGCUACAGAAGGACGUGCUCUCGCUAUACCGCAGAGCACUGAGGAUGGCGAACUCGAAACCGCUAGCUGCCCAGCCUAAAUUCCGGCUCUUCGUCCGGUACACCUUCAAGACCGAGGCAGCCUCCAUCUCUCCCCGUGACAUUGCGACGAUCGAGCACCGCCUCCGUCGCGGACGCCGCCAGCUCGAGAUGUACGAAGACCCCAAGGUCAGAGACUGCUUCGUGAGCAGCGAGAUGGUCCAGUGGGGCGCACAAAACCCGUACAGGAGGGAGAUGAACGAGGCGGCCACUCCAGACACCGGGCGUACAACAUAG